AUGUUUACAUUCGGCUGCCCUUCGACCGUGGCGACUUCGUCGACCCAGGAACGUGCCAGCGCCGGCGAGUUCGACGUGACUGUUGAUUUUCUCCUUCAGAUGGCCACCUACCUGACGGAGCGGCAUACUUCUCAACUCCGAGCACACAUGUUGAAGGCUGCCGCUGCCAGGGGUUCUAACGCCCCAUCGCCGGUGCCUGGCGCCGAGCCCUCGGGGAGUUAUCAGAUCGCUGUAGAACCCAUGAGACGCGGCAGUCUGGGAACCGGUCGCGCUCCUUCAGCUCUUUCGAUGCGCAAGGAUACGGCCAUGCCGACUUCGAAGAAUGAAGAGGAGCACGGCGCUGCCGGUGUUGCUGCCGCUGGGCUCUCCGUCAAGACCGCUUUCCCCGCUCGGCCUGAAAGUUCUCGAAACUCGUCCUCUAACACCACAGUCCCGUCCUCCCAUACCCAACCGAGCCAGCUAGCCGGUAGGCCGGGGACAGCCACCCGGCUAAGUGACCCACAGAGACACCGGCUUUCAUACCUCUCGACUCCUCAAGCCCAGCAAUCACCACAACAACGACCACAGGAGGAAAACGACACCGAGAUUCCCCCACAAAGCCCAGUAGCCUCGCCCUCACCCUCAUCGCCAUCCUCUUCGAUCUCUUCAGACAGCCCCGUCGAAAGCCGCAUCAUCCGCCGCCCGCCACGCUUCCAAUCCAAAGACCCCCGGACCGGUGGCAACAAUCCGUUCGGGGCCGGCGACGAUGAUGACAACGAUGACGACGACGACGACGGUGAGCUCGCCUUUCUCCCAUACAACCCCCAGGGAGGCCCCUCAACCAACGGUGCGGGAAGCAGCAGCGGCCAAGACCUAGGGGCUACGCUGCGCGGGAACAACACCAUGCGCGACCUUGCCGGGCGGGGACGUCAGGCGGCAGCAGGAACAGUAAGCGACGAUGCCAGCCAGUCGCAAUCCCAAACAUCGGACUCAUCGAUUGGGUCGGCAGCUGUAAUUCAAGUCCCCCGAAGGCCAGCGACAGCGGGGCCGACUGCUGAUGGACGACGAGUACCGGCCGCUGCCCACCAGCAGGGCCCACUCUCGCCGCGACGGACGGCCGAGUUAGCUGCGUCGGGACGCCAGGGAGGCAGUCGGGCGAAGGGAGCCUCCAGGGAGGGGAGUGAUGGAACGCCCAGUAUGGGGAGCAGUUUUAGUGAUUUGGAUGAUGCUUCGGUCACACAAUCGGCACUUGAGGAAGCCCUGGCUAGCCGUAUGCAGGAUGGCACGAUUGGUAGCCGGAUGAGUGUCAUCGGAGGCACCAUCGGGCACGCCUUCAGGAGCCGGUACUUACCCAACCCGAAUCGACAAUAA